AUGCCAGCCAACAUCAAGGACGAGAAGAUUCAUCAAGAGUACGCUGCGGCCCACGAUCAGCGUCUCAACACCGCCACACAGCCAGACGCAGUCAGCGUAGUGGUUAACCCUCUUCAGAAACGUACACACGCCGAGAUAAUCUCCGACGUUACCGAUUUCUGCACGCCAGACCUGGCAGAACAUACAGAAACCUUUAUCAAAGGCGCGCUCGUCGCACGUAACCCCGACCUGUACGCUUCCAUCCCCGAGCUCUCUGCAGACGAUGUCGCUGCUCUGGAUUACGAGCGCGACCAUAAGUGGGCAGGCACCAAGACGCUAUAUUACUCUAUGGUCAUUUGUGCGCUCGGCGCCGCAACACAGGGAUGGGACCAGACGGGGAGUAACGGUGCCAACCUGAGCUUUCCGCAAGAAUUUGGAAUCCAUGCCGAAUAUGGCCAGGCGGGCGGCGAGCGCGACGAGUGGAUUGUCGGGCUCAUCAACUCGGCGCCAUACCUCUCUGCUGCAAUCAUCGGCUGUUGGCUGUCCGACCCUCUCAACCAUGCCUUUGGCCGCCGAGGCGAAAUCUUUCUUACCUCGCUCUGCCUGAUCGCGACGCCCAUCGCGUCCGCCUUCACCAAGAACUGGGAGACGCUUUUCGCAGUCCGACUGGUAAUGGGCCUCGGUCUCGGCGCCAAGGCGGCCACAGUCCCGAUCUAUGCAGCUGAGCUGUCCCCCGCACGCAUCCGCGGCGCUCUCACCAUGGGCUGGCAGCUUUGGGUGUGCUUCGGCAUCUUUUUGGGGUUUGCAGCCAACUGCGUCGUGAAAGACGUGGGUCAGAUUGCGUGGAGGCUGCAGCUGGCGAGUGCUUUCAUCCCUGCUUUGCCUCUCGCCUUUGGUAUCUUUUUUGCCCCCGAAUCCCCUCGCUGGCUGAUGAAGAAGGGCCGCAACGCCGAGGCCUUUGCAGCAUUCAACCGUUUGCGCCUUCAUCCCGUCAUCGCUGCGCGCGACCUGUACUAUUCGCACGUGCUGUACGAGGAGGAGCGAGCGCAGGCCCGCGGGGCCAGUUAUCUGUCCCGUCUGGCCGACUGUUUCCGUAUCCCACGGAUCCGCAGGGCUAACCUCGCGGCGUCAACUGUCAUGCUGGCGCAGCAGAUGUGUGGCAUCAAUAGCGCUGUAUGCGUCGCUCGGGUUCGGCGCCACCAAUUUCCUCUUCGCGAUCCCGGCGGUAUUCACCAUCGACACGUUUGGGCGUCGGGCGCUCCUGCUACCUUUCCGUUCAUGGCCAUCUUCCUCCUCGCCACUGGACUGGCCUUUAUCAUCGAUGACCCUCAAACGCGUACUGCCCUAGCCGCGGCGUUCAUCUAUAUCUUCACCAUGUUCUACUCUGUUGGCGAAGGCCCCGUUGCGUUCAUGUACAGCGCGGAGGUGUUCCCCACCAUCCAGCGUGAGCAAGGCAUGGCCUGGGCCGUGUGCGUCAACAACUUUUUUGCCUCGGUGUUGGGCAUGACAUUCCCCAGCAUGGUUCGAGCUUUUGGAAUUACUGGGUCUUUCGGCUUCUACGCUGCCCUCAACGUCGUCGCACUGAUUUGGAUCUUCCUGUGGAUUCCCGAGACCAAGGGGCUUACCCUUGAGGAGAUCGACGACGUCUUCUCGAUUCCCACAUCCACGUUUAUUAAAUACGAGACGACUGUGUGGCUGCCAUACUUUUUCAAAAAGUAUGUGCUCCGUCAGAAUGUGGCCAACAUCGUGCCGCUUCUGGACAAGGCAUACAUUGAAGACUAG